AUGAGCAAGAUGGCUUGGCCUCCGUUCCUCCGAGCCAUGAACACUACAUCGCAGCCCCUCAACUCAACUGCAGCUUUCCCCGGCAUCAUGGACACAUUCCUUGUUUCUGCUGGUCAGGCAUCGCCACUCCUUCAACUAUUCCUAUUCGUCUACCGCUUUGUCGGUGCGCAGCUGGGCCUUGAUCCAUCCUUGCUACUGACCCUCCUUGGCUGCCUCUGGGGUCUGUCCAAGCUGUUCGACCAAGUAUAUGCUGCGGUGGAUAACUUCAUCAGCAGCUACUUUAGAUGCACCAUGUACGUUAGUGAGAACGACCAGAUCUACUCUACGCUUAUGCAGUUCCUCUCGGAGCAGCAGGAUAUCGCUACUAAUCGGCACCUUACUGCUCAAACUGUCUUUAAGAGUGCUUGGGAUGAGGAGGAGGAGCAGGCGAAUGCUUUGACCACGACUAGUGUGGGAGAUGACGAAGACUCACCCAAGUAUCUUAACUUUGCCAGCGAUGCAGCCAGAUGUAAUCCACGUUAUGUUCCCGCUAUGGGCACCACAGGGUUCUGGCACGACCGGACAUACUUCCGAGUCAACAGAAAGAGAGAGUCCCUGCAAAGUACCAGUGGCUGGGGAGGUACUAAGGAUGUUGAAGAACUAAGAAUCUCUUGCUUUGGAAGAUCGAUAGACCCGAUCAAGCAACUUCUUGCAGAUGCUAAAACAUCCUAUUUUCUUGACAACAGUCACAAGACCACUAUUUACCGCCCUAGAAUCAAGGAAAGCCGUCGUGAUACCUGGAGUAUGUGGCAGCAAGUCGCUCGGCGACCAAUCAGACCAAUGCGGACUGUCAUUCUUGAGCACGAAGAGAAGCAUGAUGUUUUGAGAGACAUCAACGAGUAUUUGCACCCCGGUACCCCCAAGUGGUACGCUUCUCGCGGUAUCCCCCUUCGUCGGGGCUAUCUCUUCCACGGCCCACCCGGCACUGGCAAGACCAGUUUCUCAUUCGCUCUCGCUGGUGUUUUCGGCAUUGAUAUCUACGUUAUUAGUCUGCAGGAUCCUACCGUCAGCGAAGAGGAUCUUGCUGUUUUGUUCACUAGACUUCCCCGUCGCUGUGUGGUUCUUCUGGAAGACAUUGAUACAGCUGGUCUACGUCGACCCAAUGGAGAUGAGGAUGACGAGGAGAGUGAAGAAGGUUCGGAAGAGAAGGCGGAAGAUACCAAAAAGACGGACCAAACAGCCAAGAAAGACAAGAAGAAGAGCAAGUCCAAAAAGAGUAAGGACAGUGACAGCGACUCAGAAAGUUCCGAGGAAGACAAAAAGAGCCACAGGAAGAAGAGAAGACGAGGCGGACGAAACAGGGAGAAUACGAACAACAGAGGUACUAAUAAUAUCUUGGCCAUGGAAAGUAUUUCGCUCUCUGGACUCCUCAACGCCAUCGACGGCGUAGCUUCACACGAAGGACGCAUUCUCAUCAUGACGACCAACAAGCCCGAGUCACUCGACGAAGCUCUCAUCCGCCCAGGACGCGUCGACGUGCAGGUUGGUUUCAAGAACGCCACAGGCGAGCAAGCAACAGAGCUCUUCUACCGAAUGUACGAGUUCUCGGGAACCAAGCCUGUUCCCAUGUCCAAGAUCAGGACCCCGGCACCCAAAGCGCAGAACGGGAGCAUCCACAGUCUCGUAGAUGAUAUAGGCAAAGAGACGAGUCUGUCGAGUGAUGCGCUGAAGGAGAUCUCGCGGGAGUUUGGGCAGCUUAUCCCAGAGGGCAUGUUCUCGCCGGCGGAGAUUCAGGGGUUCUUGCUCAAGCGUAAGAAGAGCCCGCGAAAGGCGCUGGAAGAUGCUGCGGUGUGGAUUGAGGCAACAGUGAAGCAAAAGGAGCUCAAGUCUAAGGUUGUGACUGUUCAGUAA